GCAGAAUUUCCACCGAUCGCAGUGAACAUAAACUCAGAAUUCAGUGAGUGGAACAGACUGAGGACGACACAGAAGACAAGGAAGUUUCUGAAAAACACAAGAUCUUAAAGAACCAUGAAACUCUAUAUGCUUUAUGGUGUUCUGGUUUUGCCGGUGCUUGGGUACAGCCCUGCAGAUGCCACUAAUGUGAAAUUCGGAUCCCUCUGCAGUAGCAACCUAAAUAACAAUGUAAGAGGAGAUGACCAUUAUGGCAGAGGAAACUUUGGAGCUCCCCGAAAGGGCAAAGAUGGUGCCAAACGAAAACACAAGGGUCUUGACAUUGUGUGUGAUGAUGGAUCUACCAUUUAUGCACCGUUUGAUGUGAAGUUAAAUGGCAAAUCUGCUCCAUACGGAAACAAUAAUGCUAUUGAUGAUGGCAUAACUCUGAAUGGACAAGAACUUUGCUUCAAGCUCUUCUAUGUUAAGCCGGACAAGUACUCUGGGAGUCUGAAGAAAGGCCAGAAGAUCGGAACUCUGCUCCCAAUGCAGAAGGUUUAUCCUGGAAUCACCUCCCAUGUUCAUGUGCAGAUGUGUGACGAAUCAGAUCCCACCAAAUACUUCUAAUAUGCUGAGAAAGCUGACCUGUCCUCACAUCUCUCAGGGUCCCUCUUUUCAUUUUUAUAGUUUUUCUUUGUAUGCUUAAAAUAAAUAAAAUUAGUUUUUUUAAAUUAAUUUGUUCUACUAACAAUCGACAACAUAAUUGCAUGCUUCAGUUGCUUGAAAUCCUUUACCCAAUGCGUUUCAGUUUAAAAAAUAAAGAGUCUUGUUUUUGACAGAUGUGAAGUUGUGACAUCACAAUAUA